AUGGCUCAGCCAUUCGAGGCAUUAAUUCGCGAAAAAAUCUGGUUCCAGAAUAUCGACGCCAUGGUUAAAACAACUCUUGAUCGCUGCUUAACUUGCCAAGCCCUUGGCCGACCCGGCCCACCAGCACCAAUCACCCGCACCACCAUGCCUAAUGGACCUUGGCAAACUGUUCAUGUCGACUUCUAUGGUCCUCUACCCACUGGAGAAUACCUUCUUGUCGUUGUACAUAGAUAUUCUCGGUUUCCCGAGGUCGAAAUUGUCCACUCCACGAGAGCCUCUACUGUGAUACCAAAACUCGACAAGAUCUUUGCCGUUCAUGGCAUUCCUACCCUUCUCAAAAGCGACAAUGGUCCCCCUUUCAAUGGUGAAGAAUACCAACGCUAUCUCACUGCCCUUGGAAUAAAGGCAAUCCUCUCUACUCCCAAAAGGCCCCAAGGCCACGCUGAGGUAGAACGCUUCAUGCAACCCUUGGGCAAAUCCCUGAAAGCUGCUAAACUUGACGGUCGUCCAUGGAAACAAGAGCUAAGUCGUUUCCUGUUGCACUAUCGCACCACACCGCAUUGUACCACUGGUGUUCCACCCUCUGAACUGUUAUUUAAAGUGCCACUGCGAUGGAAAAUUCUGCUGUCUUUUUAUUGUAUAUUCAGAAAGUAUGUCAGUAGAUGAACAAAAUUACCAAAUAUCAGCGUCCAAUUCCAUUUCCUUCUGCCUUUUUUUUCAACGCAAACAUACAAAUUUUUCGGCCGCCAUUACUGAGUUGCCAAUUAGCGAGAUGUUGAUUUCUUAGCCGGAUGUGACGUCAUUUACUCAACACGCUUCUUUCCCGAAGGAGAAAUUAAUAUUAUCAAAGGCUUUAUAUUCUAGGCUGUUUUUUGUUCAAAAUUAUGUCUUCUGACGAAAGCCACAGCUCAAAUUUUGCAACACAAUCAUCUUGCGAACUCUCUUUUGCCGAAGACGUUUCUUGUGAUAACGGGGGUGAUGUAAAUAUGGAGAAAAGUGUGGAUUUGUGCGAGGCCUAUGAUACUCCAGUCGAAGCUCUUGCCACUGAAACGAAAAGUACUAUAACUGAGAGAGAGCAAGAGCAGCAAACACUGUCUGCUGAAUUGUUUGGGGAAAUCUUAACGGGCACCUGGUACGUUUUGGAUUGUAUUUAUUUACGUUUUGGUUUAUAUAUUUGUGACAUAAAACAAACAUGUGAUGGCCAUGUUUAACAAAACAAAUGGUCACUGGUCUCCUUAUAAAAAAUCAUUGUCACCUCCGUUAACUUAUAUUGCACGAAACGUCUUCAAUGAGAGAUGGCUUAAAGAUGACUGUGUGCCAAAUUGGAAAGCCUAACUCACGUAAGAACACAUAUUAAUUUGCACAAAGUUGUGUGAAAUAUAUUUCAAUUAUAUAUAUUAAUAAAUAUAUUAUAUACUUCAAUAGUAUACUUCAAAAGUAUACUUUAAUAUAUUAAUGAUCCAUAGGUAUAAAUGUGGUAACUGUGUCCUGGCUCAUUGUUGUUUAUGUGAACCUUGUAAGAAAAAAUGCUGGAAGAAAACAUGCAUGACUGCUGCUUAUUAAACUGAGCAUCCAGCAUUUGAUAUUGGUUGUUUGAAACAUUGGGUGUUAAAACUUCCUGGUUUAAGUUACAAAACCUGAUUAAAAGGCUACCAAAUUAUACCACUCUGUAUACCGAAGGGAAAAAGAAUGAACCAGACUAAGUAUUUCAAUGUGUAGUUCUAGGCAAUACCCCCCUGCUAAUGGAAGAGAUUUAGUUAAUUAUGAACCCCCACCCCUCUAGAUUUUUCUAAUUGUCACUGACAGCUUGUUUCCGCCACCCCUAUGGAAAUUCUAAACAGUUUUUUACUACUAUCAUACUUUCAAGCAUGAUGUCGGUGUUUUAAUUUAAAAAAAUAUCUCGGCAAAAUGUUCAUUGUUCACAUAAACAAGACAGAAACCGUAUCUUGGCAUAUGCACAGCAAGGAAGGGGGUACCUUCUUGAACUGUUGGUAUACAGCUCCACACAAGCUUCACUACUUGAUAUGCAACUGCCCUAAGAAACAUACUUUCAAAAAGAAAAUUUAUAUAUUAUUAACAUGACAGCUUUAAAAUUUAGUAAUCCAAAAACUAUCAUGUUAUUUGUGAGCUGUGUUCUGCACAAAAACACGUACCAGGAUUCAUAAUACAAGAUCCUUGUUUGGCUUACAUAUAACUUAGCUAUAGGCUUUUCAAGUUUUCUUGUUCACAUGACAGGAUAUUUCAGUACCUUGCUCACCUUUACAGGGAUUCAAACAUUACUAAAUUCAGAAUAUGAUACUCAGAUCAUGACGUUGUAUCAGUUUGGCUGCCCCUGGCUGAUGAGAAUUUCUUACCACUCAUUGCCAGAGUAGGGAGUGCUCUUUUUUUCACCAAACUACCUGGUAGUCAUUCUUUUUAAUUAAAGAAAAACAUGCAAAUAUGUCUGGGGGUUGCCUUUUGAGGGAAUGCUUAAUGCCAAAAAUUACUCCUACAUGACUCAGUCAAAUUGCAUAGUUCCAGGAAAUAGCCAUACCCCCCCCCCCCACACCCCACCCUGCUACAGAAGAGAUCGGAAAUUCAAGAGGAUAGGGGGUGGUGUUGACCAUUGCAUCAAGAUUUCCAAUGGAAUGGGGGUAUACUAAAAGUCUUGAUAUUUCCAGAAGGUAUUCAAAUACAACCAAUAUCAAAUGCUGGUCAUGCAUGUUUUCUUCCAGCAUUUUUUCUCACAAGGUUCACAUAAACAACAAUGAGCCAGGACACAGUUACUAUUGAAGUAUACUAUUGAAGUUUAUAAUAUAUUUAUUAAUAUAUAUAAUUGAAAUAUAUUUCCCACAACUUUGUGCAAAUUAAUAUGUGUUCUUACGUGAGUUAGGAUUUCCAGUUUGGCAACACAGUCAUCUUUAAGCCAUCUCUCAUUGAAGACGUUUCGUGCAAUAUAACGGAGGUGACAAUGAUUUUUUAUAAGGAGACCAGUGACCAUUUGUUUUGUUAAACAUGGCCAUCACAUGUUUGUUUUAUGUCACAAAUAUAUAAACCAAAACGUAAAUAAAUACAAUCCAAAACGUACCAGGUGCCCGUUAAGGUUUCCCCAGACAAUUCAGCAGACAGUGUUUGCUGCUCUUGCUCUCUCUCAGUUAUAAUACUUUUCGUUUCAGUGGCAAGAGCUUCGACUGAAGUAUUUUAUUUAUUUAUUUAUUUAACUUUGCCAAUAAACAUUAAAACACAGAAAAAACAUAUAUGGACAAUGGCAGGGAACACGCUACAGCUUACGCCAAUUACAGCGGCCCUUACAUAUAAGAUACGACAUCACAAACAUUAAACUAUUGUCUAAUAACAACACGAUACUUCACAGGACAGAUUACGGGACUUGUUACAGGACAAACAUAUUGAGUAUCAUAGGCCUCGCACAAAUCCACACAUAUUUACAUCACCCCCGCUGUCACAAGAAACGUCUUCGGCAAAAGAGAGUUCGCAAGAUGAUUGUGUUGCAAAAUUUGAGCUGUGGCUUUCGUCAGAAGACAUAAUUUUGAACAAAAAACAGCCUAGUAUAAGCCUUUGAUAAUAUUAAUUUCUCCUUCGGGAAAGAAGCGUGUUGAGUAAAUGACGUCACAUCCGGCUAAGAAAUCAACAUCUCGCUAAUUGGCAACUCAGUAAUGGCGGCCGAAAAAUUUGCAUGUUUGCGUUGAAAAAAAAGGCAGAAGGAAAUGGAAUUGGACGCUGAUAUUUGGUAAUUUUGUUUAUCUACAGACAUACUUUCUGAAUAUACAAUAAAAAGACAGCACAAUUUUCCAUCGCAGUGGCACUUUAAUCGCCAAGAUCAAGGAAAACUUCCUAUUUUACAAAAACGCAAUCUUGUUAACCGUCACAACGAGGCUCGGGAAAAGGAAGGUGAAAGGCAACAAUAUAACAAACGUUACGCUGAUGAAAAGAGAAACGUUAGAGAAAGCGCAAUAAAAGUUGGCGACUACGUUUUGUGGAAGCAAGAGAGACGGGACAAACUCACCCCUAAUUUCAAUGAAACACCCCACAUUGUCAUCUCGCGAAACAACAACACGGUGACAGCACGUAGUCAGACAGGACACACUAUAACUCGCAAUGUAUCACACUUCAAGCCAAUACCGAAGCCUAAGAUUGAUGUUCAAGUCGACGACGACGAUGACAGUGAAACGUAUGACGCGGAAAGGACCGAACGAGACAGAGUUGACACUAGUAACCCUGAGCCAAGACGAUCGACAAGGAAUGUCAGGCAACCAGAACGAUAUGGCGAGGGAAUUCCCUCGUCGGUAAUUAGAUAA